AGUUAGUUGGUCGUUAGUUGUUACUCAUUAUUCAAAGCAAUCAGUCGGUUUAAAAUGAUAGACGUGGAGGUGCGAGAACUUAUGCAACCCUUUCUGCUAAGCGACUAUCAGGUGCAAGAGGUGUACAGUCGCUUCUGCAAUGAGAUCGGCAAGGGAUUAAAGCGUUCCACACAUGCACAGGCCAAUACCAAGUGCUUCCCGACCUAUGUCCACGAAUUGCCCACUGGCAAUGAGAUGGGAAAGUAUCUGGCACUCGAUUUGGGCGGUACCAAUUUCCGUGUGCUGCUCGUCACACUUAAGGGUCAUCACGAUGACACGGUGCAGUCACAGAUUUACGCAGUGCCCAAAGAUCUGAUGAUUGGACCGGGUGUGGAGCUAUUCGAUCACAUUGCCGAGUGUCUGGCCAAGUUUGUGGAUAAGCACGAGAUGCGCAAUGCCCAUCUACCUCUCGGAUUCACCUUCUCCUUUCCCUGUGUGCAGAUGGGCCUCAAGGAGGCGAUGCUAACCCGUUGGACCAAGGGAUUCGACUGUCCCGGGGUCGAGGGUGAGGAUGUGGGACGAAUGCUUCACGAGGCCAUUCAACGUCGAGGUGAUGCGGACAUUGCCGUGGUGGCCAUACUCAAUGACACCACGGGCACUCUCAUGUCCUGCGCCCAUCGGAAUCCCGAGUGCCGGGUGGGUGUCAUUGUGGGCACCGGUUGCAAUGCCUGCUAUCUGGAGGAUGUGCAGAACGUGGAACUCCUGGAGCACCAAUUUAGGCGGGGACAUCAACAGGUGAUUGUCAACAUUGAGUGGGGCGCCUUUGGAGAGAGUGGACAGUUGGAUUUCGUGCGCACCGAAUACGAUAAAGAGGUAGAUCGCAAAUCGAUCAAUUGCUCGGAGCAGCUCUUUGAGAAGAUGACAUCAGGAAUGUAUCUGGGAGAAUUGGUGCGUCUUGUUCUACUGCGCGCCAUUGAGCGGAACAUCAUCUUCAAGCUCAGCCCCAAAAGGAAGGAAUAUGUGGAGACCUUGCAGCACAAAGUCCACAUCUAUGAGACGAAACAUAUAUCGGAAGUUGAGAGCGACUCGUUUCCCGAAUUCCUAAACACACGACGCAUUAUAAAGCAACUGUUUGGACUGGAGAAAGCGACCGUUGAGGACUGUCAGAAGUUUAAAUACAUCUGCGAGUGUGUGUCCCGUCGAGCUGCCACAUUGGUGGCCAUUGGCAUCAGUGGGUUAAUCAACAGGAUCAAUGAUCGCAAAGUUGUCGUCGGUAUCGAUGGCUCUGUGUAUCGAUAUCAUCCGAAAUUCGAUGCUUACAUACGCGAAACGAUGCACAAGCUCGUGAAGUCCGACAAGCAAUUUGAUAUCAUGUUAUCCGAGGACGGAUCCGGACGUGGAGCAGCUCUGGUUGCCGCCGUAGCCAGCAAAACAAAAUGAAACUUGAUCAAUAACACUAGGCAACAAAUUUUGACUUUUUUCAUCUGAA